AAAACCAUCUCUAACGUGGAGACUUUGCAACACUGAUUAUCUCGAAAGAAGUAAAUUUGUUUAUUUGUGAAAGAAAUUAACCAAAUGGACCUGCAAGUGUUAAUGCAGCAAAUGUACAGUGGUGCAGCGGGCAUGCCGAUGAUGAUGCCGCCUCCACACCUGAAUGGAUACGGAUACGGGCAGCAGCAGCAGCCCUUUUGCCCUUUUCCUCUCAACGGGAACGCCGACCAGGUUGUCGAAGAAGUGGAGGACCAAGACGAGGAAGAGGACGAGGAGCAGCGCACUCUGUUCUGCGGCAAUCUCGACGAGCGCGUGACGGAGGAGAUACUGUACGAGGUGUUCCUGCAAGCCGGACCCAUCGAGGGAGUGCGAAUACCUACGGACAACACGGGGCGACAACGAAACUUCGGCUUCGUCACCUACCAGCGUCUCUGUGCGGUGCCCUUUGCCCUGGAUCUGUAUCAGGGCCUGGAAUUGUUCCAGAAGAAGGUUACUAUCAAGCACCAGGGCGCCGACAAGGGCAAGCAGCCGCCUGCAUUCAACCAGAGUCGCCUGCGCAAUCCGUUCAUGCUGGAGCCACCUCCGCAGGCGUCGCCUCCGCGCCACGGCCGCCACAGUUUGCAUGGCGCCAAGCCCUACGAUCGCAAUCCCUACGGGAACAACGGAGAUCAGCGGCGCCGCAGCGACAGCUCUGUGAUGGACCGUAACCGGCCGAGGAUGCAGCCGCAACAACACCACCAACACAUGCAGGGCGGCAACAGGAGGUCGGACCAGCGACACAACAACAAACGCAGAUUGCUUUGAGAUUGAAUCAUGCUUUUAAUUAGUUUUUAUAUAUAGCUUAAGAAUACACAGGAGGUCACUUUAAGGUAAAAUCAAUAUUGUAAUUUUAUUAAGUUUGCCCAAACUAUGAAGGAUUGCGCCCAUCUCCUGGUGACUUCCUCCACCUCCCGGCUGUCCUGGGGUCAGAGUGCUCGUAGCAAACUUUUUUUAGGACACUUCACUCCAAAUUCUCAUUCUAGCAUCAACAAUGUGGGCGCCGAUUCCUUAAUAUUUACCUUGACUUGACUUUGUUUUUAACUAAAAAGCAUAUUUGUUGACAAUGCUCCUCCUGGUUUCGUUCAACCGCCCGUGCGCUCUAACUUUCUGUACCAACUAAAUAAACCAGCAACCAAUCAACACAGUUUACAUGA